AUGGGCAAAAGAGUGCUACUUUUCAAUAUCUCUAGUGAAUUUCAACUAAAAUCCCUUCUAGGCGAAGGAGCUUAUGGAGUAGUGUGUUCCGCCGUGCACAAGCCCACAGGCGAACUAGUCGCUAUAAAGAAAAUCGAGCCCUUCGACAAACCAUUAUUUGCACUACGUACUUUACGCGAGAUCAAACUACUGAAACAUUUCCAUCAUGAAAAUAUAGUCUCCAUAUUCGAUAUCCAAAGACCAGAUUCCUUUGAAAAUUUCAAUGAAGUCUAUAUCAUACAAGAAUUAAUGCAAACAGAUUUGCACCGAGUAAUCGCUACACAACAACUUACAGACGAUCAUAUCCAAUAUUUCCUAUACCAAACUUUAAGAGCACUAAAAACGCUUCACGGUUCUAACGUGAUCCAUCGAGAUCUAAAGCCUUCCAACUUGUUAAUCAACGCUAAUUGCGACCUCAAGGUCUGCGAUUUCGGUCUAGCACGAAUCGCCGAACCAGGAAACGACCUCUCCCAGGAUUCGAACCCGCAAUGCGGACUUACCGAAUACGUUGCCACCCGCUGGUACAGAGCGCCGGAAGUUAUGUUAACAGCCGCGCAGUACUCGGCGGCUAUGGACGUGUGGUCGUGUGGCUGUAUACUAGCCGAGCUAUUCUUAAAGAGACCGCUGUUCCCGGGGCGCGAUUACCGACACCAACUAACGCUGAUUUUUGGCGUAUUGGGAACGCCCCGGGGACGCGACCUCCGGGCUGUUCCUUCAAGACGCGCUCGUGAGUACAUCGCUACUUUGCCCCGGAGCGAAGGAAUCGUCCCCUUGGCGCGCGUUUUCCCUCCGGGGACCAGCCCUGAGGGCAUCGAUUUAUUGCGCAGGAUGCUCAGGUUCGAUCCUCGUGGGCGGAUUACAGCUGAGCAAGCACUUGCACAUCCAUACUUGCGAACUUAUCACGAUCCUCGUGAUGAGCCCUCAGGCGAGGCUAUUUCCCCCGGUUUCUUCACUUUUGACCGUCAAAAAGAUGUGCUGACCACCAAGGAUCUUAAACGUAUGUUGUGGGAUGAAAUCUUUAUUUCAUCGUAG